AUGGCGCUUCUCCAGCCGCUGUCGCCUCAGCUCGCACUAUUGCUGCUGUUACUGUUGUUACUGCCGACGACGAUUCCUACAGUCGGGCAAUGCCAGAGCACUGGGCAGUGCUCACGAAUCCCCUACGCAGCCUCCCGCGACUUUGACGUGGAGUACUCUGUAUCCAACUUUUCUGUCGGCGGCCCAGUACAGGCCUUGGCGACCUACGAGUACCAGUACGUGAGUGCCGUUUUCGUGGCGACACGCAACAGCCUGCAUGUGUUGGGGCCCGGCCUGCAGCUAGUCCAGAGUCUGGCCAUGGGCCCCGUCGGGGAUCCUGGCUGCCAGACGUGCUCAGCUUGUGGGCCAGGGCCUCAUGGCCCACCGGGCGACACAGACAUUCAGGUGCUGGUACUGGAGCCAGCGCUGCCUGCCCUGAUCAGCUGUGGCUCGAGCCUCCACGGCCGUUGCUUUCUGCAUGAACUUGAGUUUGGAGAAGAAACCGUGCACCUGGCGCCGCCGACGUGUCUCUUCUCAGCCCACCACAAUCGGCCCGAACAUUGUCCUGACUGUGUGGCCAGCCCACUAGGCACCCGUGUGACUGUGGUCCAGCAGGGCCAGGCUUCCUAUUUCUAUGUGGCGUCGUCUUUGAACGCAACCGUGGCCGCCAACUUCAGUCCGUGCUCAGUGUCCAUCCGGCGUCUGAAGGCAGACGCCUCGGGAUUUGCACCAGACUUUGCUGCACUGUCGGUGCUGCCGGCAUACCUCACCUCCUACAGUAUAGAGUAUGUGUACAGCUUCCACGCUGGAGCCUUCGUUUAUUUUCUAACUGUGCAACCGGUCAGUGUGGAGGCCGCGUCUAGCGCGCUGCACACGCGCCUGGCUCGACUCAGUGCCACUGAGGUAGAGCUGGGUGACUACCGUGAGCUGGUCCUUCACUGCAGUUUUGAGCCUAAACGACGGCGACGGCGACGCAGGGUCCUUAAAGGCGGGCAGCCUUAUCCAGUGCUACGUGCAGCCCACGUAGCUCCCGUAGGCGCUCAGCUGGCCUCUGAACUGAGUAUCACUGAGGGUCAGGAAGUGCUGUUCGGAGUCUUUGCCAGAAGCAGAGACCGUGUUUCACUCGAAGGCCCUAAUUCUGUUGUCUGUGCUUUCCCUAUCUACUUGCUGAAUGCUCUCAUUGAACAAGGUGUGGAGAGCUGCUGCCAGUCCCCUGUCCACUCCGGACUCCGAAGAGGUCUGGACUUCUUCCAGCUGCCUAGCUUUUGCCCCAACCCGCCUGGCCUGGUGGUCCUCAGCCCCAACAUCAGCUGCCAACACUUCCCUCUGCUGGUCAGCAGCAGCAGCAGCAUCUCACGGAUAGAUUUAUUCAAUGGGAUGCUGGGAACCCUGCAGGUCACUGCGCUAUACGUGACUCCCCUGGGCAAUGUCACAGUGGCACACAUGGGCACGGCUGAUGGGCGCAUCCUACAGGUGGAGCUGGCCAGGUCUUCCAACUACUUGCUGUAUGUAUCCAACUUCUCACUGGGAAGCAAUGGGCAGCCCAUUCAGCGGGAAAUCAGUCGCCUCCGGGAUCAUCUGCUCUUUGCUUCUGGGGAUCAGGUCUUCCAGGUACCCAUCAGGGGCCCUGGCUGCCGCCACUUCCUCACCUGUGCGCGUUGCCUUCGGGCUCAGCGCUUCAUGGGCUGUGGCUGGUGUGGGGGCAUGUGUGGUCGGCAAAAAGAGUGUCCUGGCUCCUGGCAACAGGAUCACUGUCCACCUGAGCUCACUGAGUUCCAUCCCCAUAGUGGACCCCUAAGGGGUAGCACAAGGCUGACCCUGUGUGGCUCCAAUUUAUACCUGCACCCUGAUGGCUUGGUGCCUAAAGGCACCCAUCAGGUCACCGUGGGCCAAAGUUCGUGCCGGCUGCUGCCCAAGGACACCUCAAAGCUCAGAUCAGUGCCUCGGAAGGACUUUAUAGACGAACUAGAGUGUGAGCUGGAGCCCUUGGCCAUGCAGGCAGCUGGGCCUGCGAACAUUAGCCUCACUGUUGCCAACAUGACAACAGGCAAACACUUCCGGGUGGAAGGUACCUCUGUGUUGCAAGGCUUUUCUUUCAUGGAACCAGUGUUGACAGACGUGCAGCCCCACUUUGGCCCGCAGGCAGGGGGCACCCUCCUCACCCUCAAAGGUGAGGGUUUCUGUGUAGGAAGCAGCCAGGUUGUGCUGGUCAAUGGGACUGAGUGCCUUCUAGAACAGGUCAGCGAGGGGCAGCUUCUAUGUACCACACCCCCAGGGGCUGCCAUGGCCAGAGUUCCCCUUCGCCUGCUGGUGGGGGGUGCAGAGGUACCAAGCUCCUUGACCUUCCACUACCAGGAAGACCCUGUUAUUCUGAACAUCAGCCCCAACUGUGGCUACACUGGCUCCCAUGUUACCAUCCAUGGCCAACACCUGACUUCAGCAUCGCAUCUAAUGCUGUCAUUCCUUGACGGAUUUGAGGCAGUGACAAACAGAUGUGAAGGGCAGCUCCCGGAGCAGCAGAAGUGCUAUUUGCCUGAAUACGUGGUCCGAGGUCCCCAGGAAUGGGUGAUAGGGAACUUGAGUGCCCAGGGAGAUGGAGCUGCUGGCUUCACACUGCCUGGCUUUCGCUUCCUGCCCCCACCCCGUCGGCCCACUGCUGACCUGACCCCACUGAAACCUGAAGAACAUGCCAUUAAGUUCCAGUAUAUUGGGUUGAGCGCUGUGGCUGACUGCAUGAGUCUGAAUGUGACCAUUGGUGGUGAGAUCUGCCAGCAUGAGUUCCGGGGGGACAUGGUCAUCUGUCCCCUUCCCCCCUCAUUGGAACUUGGCAAGAAUGGUGCCCUGCUGCAGGUCUGCGUGGAUAGUGUGUGUCACGACCUGGGCAAGGUUAUACGACUAGGCCCAGAAGGGCUUCAACAGGGUGUACUCCUCGGUGUCCUGCUUGCCCUGAUCCUGCUGGUGGCUGCAUUGGUUGUCACUCUGGUUUUCAAUUACUGGUAUCGAAGCAAGCAGCCAGUUCCUUCUCCCAAUUUGGAUGACUUGGCAUCCUUGGAUCGCACCUCUGGAACCAUCCCCCUGCCUCUGUUACGCUCAGGCUCUGACUACAGAAGUAGACUUGAACCCCCUGCCAGUGGGGGUCUGGACCCCACCACCUGUACCCACAGAGUAUCCUUCUCAGAUGACAGAGAUGGGCCCCAUGUCCCGUUGCUCCAGACAAAGUCCAUACAACUCCAGGACCUAGAUUCCAAGCUCCUGGAUGAGGUCCAGGAUGUGCUGAUUCCCUAUGAGCGAGUGGUCACCCACAGCGAUCAAGUCAUUGGCAAAGGCCACUUUGGAAUUGUCUACCAUGGGGAAUACACAGAUCAAGCCCAGAACCGAAUCCACUGUGCCAUCAAGUCAUUGAGUCGCAUCACAGAGGUGCAGGAGGUGGAGGCCUUUCUGCGUGAGGGGCUACUCAUGAGUGGUCUGCACCAUCCCAAUGUGCUGGCUCUCAUCGGCAUCAUGCUGCCACCUGAGGGACUGCCCUGUGUGCUGUUGCCCUAUAUGUGCCACGGAGAUCUGCGACAGUUUAUCCGCUCACCCCAGCGGAACCCUACAGUGAAGGACCUCAUCGGCUUCGGCCUGCAGGUAGCCCGUGGCAUGGAGUACCUGGCAAAGAAGAAAUUUGUGCACAGGGACCUGGCUGCUCGGAACUGCAUGCUGGACAAGUCAUUCACAGUCAAGGUGGCUGACUUUGGUCUGACCCGUGGCAUCUUGGACAAGGAGUACUACAGUGUCCAACAACACCGCCAUGCUCGCCUACCUGUCAAAUGGAUGGCACUGGAGAGUCUACAGACUUACAGGUUCACCACCAAGUCCGACGUGUGGUCUUUUGGUGUGCUACUGUGGGAGCUGUUGACACGGGGUGCCCCACCAUACCCUCACAUCGACCCUUUUGACCUUACCUACUUCCUGGCCCAGGGUCGGCGCCUGCCCCAGCCUGAAUAUUGCCCUGAUUCCUUGUAUAUAGUGAUGCAGCGCUGCUGGGCCACGGAUCCAGGAGUGCGACCUACCUUCGGGGUGCUGGUACGGGAAGUGGAGUGUAUGAUGGCCACACUGCGUGGGGACCACUAUGUGCAGCUGCCUGCAACCUAUGUGAACCUGGGCCCUGGUGCUGUGGACUGGGCAAAUGCACCUGGGGAACAGCCACAAUCCCCUCCAGCAUGUAGGAGCACAGAGAGGCCCCGGCCCCUAUCAGAACCUCUGUGA